CGCAGGCGCCGUUCUGGAAUGGACGCCGAAUGAAGAACUGGCCAUCGCCCGCCUGUGUCUUAUCACUGUAUCACAGUAUCGCACUUGAGAAUAUCAUGCCCGAGACUGGCGGCCACGGUCCGACCAUGUACCCGCGAACUCUUUACUCACGAUAACCCGAAACGACCGUCUUAUGAGUAAAAGUAAGUUUGAAAAUUAGAAGGGUGCUGCGUCAGGCGUAGCUAUGUGGCCGGUUUACCUUUGGCCAGCAUUAUCUUCACUUGUCUGAGUUAUCUUCUCGUAAGCGUUCAACACGACAUGCCGCACAUGAUAAGGCAGAGGAAUAAUCCAAACUCCCCCAACAUCAGGAAGAAUGGACCAAAGUGGAAACACCUACAAAACAGAAGUGAAGCGGUUAAUCCAAGCAAUGCAAUUGAGUAUGGACUUAGUUUUCCCACUGGUUACACAGCUUUCAAGGUCCUCCUCUCAGCUAGGAUCGUCGCUGCUAUCUGGAGCCACAUCACAGAUUGUGAUGAGACUUUCAAUUACUGGGAACCCAGUUUUGUUUUCUUGUACCAGGGUCAUUAUCUCUUAUAUGGGAAAGGGUUGCAGACUUGGGAGUACAGUCCGAAGUAUGCACUCAGGUCGUACACAUACCUGCUGUUCCAGCUCGUCCCUGCACUGAUUUACAAUGCGAUUCUCAGGCCAGAGAGACUUUUGCUUUUCUAUUUCCAAAGGUGCCUCCUCGCAGUCGCCUGCUCAGUUUGCGAAGUCUAUUUCUACAAGAGUAUAUGCAGGGAAUUCGGCAUACACGUGGGUAGGAUGACGCUGAUAUUUCAACUGUUCAGUGCAGGAAUGUACAUCUCCUCUACAGCAUUUUUACCCUCAUCAUUCUCCAUGUAUAUGACGAUGCUUUCUAUUGGAGCUUGGUAUCACAGAAAAUAUGAAUUGGCAGUAUUCUUAACUGCAAUAUCAUCCUUCCUCAGUUGGCCUUUUGCAGCAUUGAUAGGUGUUCCAAUUGCAUAUGACAUGGUUUUUAUGAGGAAAGAAAUUGGAAAAUUCACUAAAUGGUGCUUGAUAUCUUGCUUCAUUAUUCUGCUUCCUAUGAUUAAAAUAGACUCGAUGUAUUAUGGAAAAUGGGUGAUAGCACCAUUGAACAUCGUCUUGUACAAUGUUUUUAGUUCACAUGGGCCAGACCUUUACGGCACCGAGCCGUGGUAUUUUUAUCUUUUAAACGGUUUUCUCAAUUUCAACUUUGUUUUCUUGUCAGCUCUUCUGACACCAAUUGCUUUGUGGACUGUAAGUAAAAUUGUAUCGGUCAAUGCUAGAAAUCCAGCGUGUCUUCCGUAUUCUCUCUCCCUCCUACCACUUUAUUUGUGGUUGGGUGUGUUCAUGUUGCAAUCCCACAAGGAAGAGAGGUUUUUGUUUCCGGUCUACCCGAUGAUUUGUCUAUGCGGAGCGUUGACAGUAGACGCGAUUCAAAAAAUUUACUUUAGACUUUUUGUGAGAACUGGGCAGCAUUAUUUACACCACACUUCACACAUCGUAUUCCCCGCUGUUUUUAUUACAUCUCUUCUUGGCGUCACUCGGAUCCUCGCCCUAUACAAAGGUUAUCAUGCCCCAAUGGAUACGUAUAUGGAAUUGAACAAAAUGUCGGCUGAAGGGAAUCUGCCGACGCUAAAUUACUUUAACAUAUGUGUUGGGAAGGAAUGGUACAGAUUCCCCACAUCAUUCUUCCUACCAAAUGACAGAUGGACUUUGCAGUUUUUGAAAUCAGAGUUCAGCGGUCAGUUACCAAAAUACUAUAGUCAGACUGAUGGGACCUCGGUAAUACCUGAUUACAUGAAUAAUGAAAAUAAAGAAGAAAUCACUCGAUAUGGUAAUUUGACUUCCUGCCACUUUUUGGUAGACUUGGACAUAGGCCAGUCAACUGAUUAUGAGCCAAACUAUUCUUCUCAAGUUGAAAAAUGGGUCAUCGUCAAAAGCAUUCCAUUCUUAAAUAACAUCAAAACUAGCAAAUGGGUCAAAGCAUUUUACAUACCGUACAUUUGGGAGAGGAAUGCUGUUUACGGAACGUAUAAUUUACUUCAGGCCCGAAAGAUGAGAGUUCAGCCUUCAAAAUAUUAAGAAAAUGUACUUAAUAAAAGUGUGUAUAAAUAAAUAA